UUCGGAGAACCCGCUUGUGGCGGUGGCAAUUAGGUCACUGUUAUUUUAUUGUCUAUGCUUUUCUAGAUUGUCUUUUAGUUUGAUGUGUUGGUAACUUUGUACUUCCUUGUCUGUAUUGUCUAUGACACAGCAAUACGCUGCCAUUUUGAUUUUUAACCGCAGUGCUUUUUGUUCGUGUGGAGCGUUUGCUCGUUGUGAAGAGUAAAUUGUGAUUUAGCCAAGUAGUUUUAUUUUUAAUCGAACUCUAUCAAAAUGAGCUGGCAAGAUUAUGUUGAUAAACAGUUAAUGGCCUCCAGAUGUGUUACAAAAGCUGCGAUUGCCGGUCACGAUGGCAAUGUCUGGGCCAAGUCGGAAGGUUUCGAAAUAUCAAAAGAUGAAGUAGCAAAAAUAGUAGCUGGUUUUGAAAAUGAAUCACUUCUAACGAGCGGUGGCGUAACGAUAGCGGGUUCGCGGUACAUCUACCUCAGUGGCACAGACCGCAUCGUACGUGCGAAACUUGGCAAAGUCGGAGUACACUGCAUGAAGACACAACAAGCCGUCGUAAUCGCUUUGUAUCAAGAACCCAUCCAACCCCAGCAAGCUGCGUCUGUAGUCGAGAAGUUAGGAGACUAUUUAAUUAACUGUGGUUAUUAGAGAUCCAAGCGCGCCGUGAUCUAAGAAUACUAUAAGAUAAUAUUUUUUCCACAGGGAAAUAAGUAACUGCAUUUUGUAUAUUCUAUAAAGUGAUAAGGACCGGUCAUUUGUUUUGAUAUUUGAUGAACUAUGGCGUCAUCAGUGUCUGAUGCGUUUAGUAUCUGUUUGCAGAAGCUAUUACUUUGCGGAUUCUGGACUCUUUUUAUACGCUCACCGCUUCUACAGAGUAAUUGAUUCUGUGAACUAUUUGAAAAUUAUAUUUUAAAAUUGCUUAUUGACCAGUAAAGCUUUGCAAGCAGGUCUCAAAGCAUGAUGUAUAGAGAUUUUUAGGUUUUCUUUUCAAGCAUCCCAAUACUUGCUGAAUAACUAAUCAACCUGCGCGAAUAAACCGUUGUCGAGUCCUAACUACAGCAAAUCGUCAACAACGGCAAGAUGAUUUGUCCGUGUACGUGUACAUGCGUGAUGAUGAUGAUGCCUGACAAGAAAUUAUAAUAACCGCGUAAUGAAAUUACUGUAACAAUAUUAUUACAACAUUAUACAUAUAUAUUAUCUAAUUACAAAUAAGCAUUUGUGUAAGGGCUUGUUACGAAUGAAAGACACUGUAACCCAAGUAUUUAAUUGAAAAUCUCUAGUCCCACUGGAACCAUCGUGUGAUUAAUAUAAUAUUCAAUACACUGUGUGGCAAUGGCGCGUGUAGGGCUCGGCGGCCUCGGCGUCAGCCGUGGGCAUGGCCACGGCCCAGACACAUCCACCGUUGCGUAUUAUGCUAUGCUUUUUCUUUUAAAUCGUGCCGCAUUUAUAAUAUCUUGUAGUAAAUAAACAUUUGCAUUCUAUUAUUUGUAACUCUUAGCUGCAGAAACUAUAAGCGCUCAAUUUUACUCUGUAUCCUCAAACAAGGCUUGCAGUAAACGAAGGGUGCAUAUUGUUUAUAUUUGAUAUUACUACUAUAGCUUUGUACAUUGUUUCUGAUAAGCGAUGGGAACUGUGUCUAUCUAAUAAUAAAAUGAUUUGUAUUAUA